AUGGCGCCCCAGCUAGGCAUCCAACCUUCUCUCGAUACCGUACGCCAAGUGUUGGCUGCUGCAGCCAACUCCCCGAACCCACCCAACCUCGUUCCCGUCUUCUCGUCCAUCUCUGCAGAGUUUCUGACUCCGACGAGCAUAUACCUCAAGGUUGCUGCAAGGGCAAAGUCAAGGCUGUCCUUUCUAUUCGAGACGGCCGCGACUACAGAGACGAUUGGCAGAUACAGCUUUGUUGGCGCAGAUCCACGAAAGGUCAUCAAGACGGGCCCCGGCCAUGGCGAAGCAACCGACCCCCUCCCACUCCUUGAGAAGGAGCUUGCAAAGAGCCGAGUCGCAAUCGUGCCCUCGAUACAACUCCCUGAAAUGACUGGUGGUGCGGUUGGUUAUGUGGGAUAUGAUUGCGUCAAGUACUUUGAGCCCAAGACAAGGCGAGACGACGUAAAGGACAUCCUCAAGGUGCCAGAGAGCUUCUUCAUGCUCUUCGACACCCUGGUUGCCCUCGACCAUUUCCAGCAGACGGUCAAGGUCAUCACCUACGUCAAGGUUCCCGACAAUCUCGACGACCUCGAGCGCGCAUACGACGACGCAAAGGCUACCAUUCAGACAUAUAUGACCAUCUUGUCGGACAAGGACAUCCCUUUGCCACACCAAGGCCCGAUCCAAAUCGGAAACGAGUAUACUUCCAACAUUGGCCAGGAAGGAUAUGAAAACCAUGUCAAGAACUUGAAGAAGCACAUCGACGUGGGCGACAUCAUCCAGGCGGUACCGUCCCAGCGUUUUGCCAGGCCCACCUCACUGCACCCCUUCAACAUUUAUCGAAAUCUGCGAAACGUCAACCCAUCGCCCUACCUCUUCUUUGUCGACUGUGACGACUUCCAAAUUGUGGGCGCAAGUCCAGAGUUGUUGGUCAAGGAAGAGCAGGGCAGAAUCAUCACGCAUCCCAUUGCAGGAACGGUCAAGCGAGGCAAGACCUUGAAAGAAGAUGCCGCCUUGGCUGAAGAGCUGUCCAACUCACUCAAAGACCGGGCCGAACACGUGAUGCUGGUCGACCUAGCGCGCAAUGACGUCAAUCGCGUGUGCGACCCACUGACAACACGAGUCGACAAGUUGAUGGUUGUCCAAAAGUUUUCGCACGUACAACACCUGGUCUCGGAAGUGUCAGGGGUGCUGCGGCCUGGUAAGACGCGAUUCGAUGCGUUCCGAUCGAUUUUCCCCGCCGGGACGGUGAGCGGGGCACCCAAGGUAAAGGCCAUGGAGCUCAUCGCCGAACUGGAGAAAGAAAAGCGCGGUGUCUAUGCCGGGGCUGUGGGCUACUUUGGCUAUGGGAGCGUGGAUGGGGACAAGGAAAUCGAGGGGGCAAUGGAUACAUGCAUUGCGCUACGCACGAUGCUGGUCAAAGAUGGCGUCGCGUAUCUCCAAGCAGGGGGCGGUAUCGUGUUCGAUUCGGACCCUUACGAUGAGUGGAUGGAGACGAUCAACAAACUCGGACCAGAGACGGACGGUCAUUUGUUUGUGGGCUGGAUCAAGAGCCGCCUAGCCAUCGGUCGACCCAAGAAGAUGAUGGUUGCCGUGAUGCCUGAGGCGCCCGCCAUCUCCCAUCUUACACAACGUGGGGAAAUUGAGGCCAUGAGCGGUUGUGAAACGAAAUGA